GGACUUUGAACACAAACUAACAGUUAAAAUGUUUAUGUUUCUAAUAAUUAUGUUUGUGCCCUAUUUAUCGGCGCAUAUGAUAGACGUGCGUGACUUCGAAGACGAUGAUGAUCUGAUGUCAGGACUAUCGGAGAAGGACAAGAUAGAAGCGCUCCAAAUCCGGUGUACGCGCCGCUUCAGCCCCGGCACGUGCAUGGACGACGUGAAACCCGUGUGGACAUACAACUUCCACCUACAGAACUGCACCGAAAGGCUGGGCUGCCGUCAACACGGGGUGACCAACAGAUUCCUGAGCUACAGACGGUGUAUGAUCAGCUGCCAGUCGCUGAUCCAGAUAUACAACCACAUCCUGUCGCAGUCGGAGCUGGACGUCCCGCUGACGAGGAAGCAGUCCUGUGAGUUUGUGACGUCUGUGUAUGAUGGCCGGCGAGCGUUAUUCCGUAGUAGGGAAGAACAGGAAACGAAGAACAUGCCAACAGAGGAGAGCUCAGAAGAUGAGUACGAUUUGGACAACUCGUACGACCCGUACCUGGAGAACCAGGCCGGGCGCGAGGACCCCGAGAGGAUAGCGCUGGCUGAGAUACUGCCCCCCGAUCUGGACAGACAUGUGCCAGAGUUCUCACUCUUCGACCCUUUGCAUAGACCUCGGUUUCAAUAAAAAUAAAAAAAUAAAUAUUUUUUACUAGUCAUU